AUGGCAUCUCCUCAGUCUCCAGUCACCGCCCCGCCAUCGCCUUCCAGAACCCCAUCAUCUACAACGUCGACGACCACACCGGAGGGUUACGAAGUGAAUCAACGACCCAGCACCGAUCCCGAAAAGCAAGCAGAGCUUCAGCAGUAUCACCACCCGAGGGAGAAGGUUCCCCAUUGGAGACUGGUCGCCAGUCAGUCGCUCAUCACAGAUGCUGUUGCCAACUACCCAUACUCGGGAUCCGGCACCGAAGAUGACCCUUUUAUUGUUGAAUUUAUCCCGAACGAUCCUCGAAAUCCCAUGGAAUUCUCACAGGUCAAGAAGUGGUUUAUAACACUCACUGUCGCUUUGGCCACCCUUGCUGUUGCAUUUGUGUCUUCUGCAUACUCAGGUGGAGCAGAGGAAGUCAUCAGAACCUUCGGAGUCAGUCAGGAGGUUUAUACUCUUGGUAUUUCCUUGUUUGUGCUGGGCUUCGCUAUCGGUCCAUUACUCUGGGCACCUAUGAGUGAGCUUUAUGGACGACAAGUUCUCUUUUUCGGUACCUACGCGGUUCUGACCGCUUUCAAUGCGGGCGCAGCUGGUGCAAAUUCGAUGGCAACUCUUAUCGUUUUAAGAUUCUUCGCUGGCACUUUCGGAUCGUCUCCUCUCACAAAUGCUGGCGGUGUCAUUGCUGAUAUGUUUCCUUCCAAUCAAAGAGGUCUCGGCAUGUCCAUAUUCGCUGCUGCACCCUUUUUGGGUCCAGUCGUUGGACCUAUCGUUGGUGGCUUCGUCGGUGAGACGAUCGGAUGGAGAUGGAAUGAAGGUGUCAUGGCUUGUUUCACAGGGGUCUUGUGGAUCUUCGGCACCUUGACCAUUCCGGAGACCUAUUCGCCCGUCAUUCUUUCACGUCGUGCUGCUAAGCUAUCCAAGAAGACUGGAAAGGUCUAUAUCUCGGUAUUGGAAAGAAGACAGGGCAAAACGACUCCCAAAGCUGCCUUCCAAAAAUCAUUGGCUCGGCCAUGGGCUUUGUUGUUUCUCGAGCCUAUCGUCUUGCUCAUCUCCAUCUACAUGGCAAUCAUUUACGGAACUCUUUAUAUGUGUUUUGGAGCCUUUCCAAUUGUCUAUCAACAGGGACGAGGUUGGUCGGCAGGCAUUGGUGGGCUCGCUUUCUUGGGUGUGGCUGUUGGAAUGCUGCUCGGCGUUACUUACAGCAUCAUCGACAACAAACGUUAUGCGAGAAUCGAAGAGGAACAUGAUGGCGAUGCUCCCCCCGAAGCACGACUACCUCCAGUAAUGGUGGGUUCGGUUGCACUUCCGAUCGGCCUAUUCUGGUUUGCAUGGACAAAUGGGCCUUCUGUUCACUGGAUUGUCAGUAUAAUCGCGACUGCACCGUUCGGCUUCGGCAUGGUGUUGGUCUUUUUGGGCUGUAUGAAUUAUCUCAUCGACGCGUACACCAUUUACGCAGCAUCAGUCUUGGCCGCGAACUCGGUACUUCGAUCUCUCUUUGGUGCUGCGUUUCCUCUAUUCACCUCCCAGAUGUAUGCAAAUCUCGGUAUUCAUUGGGCGUCAUCGAUACCUGCAUUCCUGGCUCUGGCCUGUACCCCGUUCCCGUUCAUCUUUUACAAGUAUGGCGAGCCGAUUCGGAUGAAGUGCAAGUAUGCAGCGCAGGCGCAUGAGAUUAUGGCGCAGUUCCGCGAGCAGCAGAAGCAUGUCGAGGAAGAAGAACGCGAAGAAGCCGAGGAAGAAGAGGAUGAGAAGGCGAGCCAGGCUGGCGAUCCUGGUAUGAGUCGAUUGAGCGCACAAGCGACUCGGAACAGCAGAGCGAGUCAACGAAACAUGGGACGAGCCAGCACCCGUGCGUCGCGAAGCGAAGAUCGGAGUCGCGUGGACGACUUUGUCAGGGUGUACAGUCAUACGAGUCAUCACCAUUUCUAG